AUGGAUAGAAUGUACGAGCUUAACCCUCUGUUUAUCGAUAUCACAUGGAAUGCCGGUGGAAGAUUAGGUACCCUCACUACGGAAAUGGUCAACACGACUUCCACAGUGCUUGGGUUGGAGACCUGUAUGCAUUUGACAUGUACUAACAUGCAAACGAGUCUGAUCGACCAGGCUUUGAAGUCUGCCUACGAUAGUGGUUGUCAAAACAUUCUGGCUCUUAGAGGCGAUCCACCUAUUGACGGGUCGGAGUCGACCGGCGACUUUGUGUAUGCUAAGGAUCUGAUCAGCCAUAUCAAGAAGAACUAUGGCGACCACUUCAGCAUUGGUGUUGCAGGCUAUCCUGAAGGACACCCAGAAGAACCAGAUCGUUCCAAGACUCUUGAGCAUUUGAAGCAAAAACAGGAUGCCGGAGCAGACUUCAUUAUCACACAAAUGUUCUACGAUGUCGAGAACUUCAUCAACUGGUGUAAAGAUUGCCGGGAUCUGGGAAUCACCAUUCCUAUCAUUCCUGGAAUCAUGCCGAUUAGUACCUACGCUGCGUUCAUGAGAAGAGCCGGCUGGUCUGAGAUUGCCAUCCCAAAGCAUUUCAGCGAUGCUCUGGACCCUAUCAAGGACGACGACGCCAAGGUCAGAGACGUUGGUGCUAAAUUGGUGAUCGAGAUGUGCCAGCAAUUGUUGGACUCCAAGCAGGUGAACCAUCUCCAUUUCUACACCAUGAACUUGGAGAAAUCGACCCUGAUGAUUCUUCAAGGCUUGAACCUGGUCACCAAUCAGCAACUUACCGACAUGAAACAGCCAUGGAGAAAGUCUUUGAAUCCAAACAGAUCCAACGAGAACGUCAGACCAAUCUUCUGGAAAAACAGAAAGUUCUCCUACAUUACAAGAACAGCCAACUGGGACGAGUUUCCUAACGGAAGAUGGGGCGACUCUCGGUCACCUGCUUUUGGGUCUAUCGAGUCCUGUAAGACCGACCUGAUCAGACAUUCUCCGCAAAAAGUUCUGGAACUCUGGGGAAAACCUGACAGUUUGAAAGAUCUGGCUACAUUGACCUCGAGAUACAUCAACGGCGAGAUCUCGUGUCUUCCAUGGUCUGAUGGUAAGAUUACAGCCGAGAUCGAGCCUACAAAGGCCCAAAUUUUGGACAUCAACCAGCACGGAAUCCUAACUAUUAAUUCACAGCCGUGCAUUAACGGGUUGCAGUCUGUUGACAAGGUCUUUGGAUGGGGUCCAAAGCACGGAUACGUGUACCAAAAACAGUAUCUUGAGUUUUUGAUUCCAACCACUAUGGUUGAGUCUUUGAUUAAACGGAUCAACAGCCUGAACCAGGACCUAGAAUCGAAUGUUCUGUCCUUUUAUGCCACCAACAAUGCUGGCGAAUUGCUCACCAACACCCAGGAUUCCGACAUUAACGCGGUUACCUGGGGCUGUUUCCCUGGAAGCGAGAUUGUUCAGCCAACCAUCGUGGAACGCAUCUCGUUCCUGGCCUGGAAAGACGAACUGUUCUCGAUCCUGCACAAGUGGCUCACCAUCAUGAAACACGAGCAGGAGACCAAGGCAGCAGAAUUCCUCGCGACCUUGUACGAGUCGUUCACUCUGGUGACUGUUGUGGACAAUGACUACGUCAGCAACCCGAACACGCGAAUCUUUGAUCUUUUCAAAGGCAUAAACUUGCUGGCUUAA